AUGUCUCAUAUUACAUCUACUUAUCCAUCGAAUCUUGCUCAAGUUCAUCGUGAACCGGUUGAAAAUUGGAUGAAUAUAAAAGGUUUUGAUCUUCUCAAAGCUUUAUAUACUGAAAGUAAUCGAUGGACAUUUGCAUUUGAAAUGACAGCACUAUUAUCACGUAUAAAAAAUCAUUUAAAUGCAAUUAAUAAUCAUCGUAUUCAUGUAUAUGAACGUUCAGUUCUUAGUUGUUUUCAUGUAUUUAUUCGUCAUGAUCUUGAACAAAACUAUUUAAAUGAAGCUGAAUAUAAAAUUCUUCAAGAUUAUUUUGAAUAUAGUCGUCAAAAAACGAUUGAUCUAUCACAAACAGUAAUACUUUAUUUUGAUUUAUCACCAAAAGAAUGUUUUGAACGUAUUAUUCAACGUUCACGUCAAUCAGAAUCAAAUAUUGAUUUAAAACGUUUGGAACAAAUAAAAUAUUAUUAUGAUGAGUUUAUACAUAAUUUUAAUUUAUGUUCUAUAAAAAUUAUUGAUGCAUCACAAUCAACAGAACAACUAUGUCAACAAGUUAAUUCUUUACUAAAUCAAUUUAUUAAACAAAAUCAAAUACAUGAUAUGACACAUAAUAGGCAAUCAUCUACUAUAACAGAAUUAGAGAGUUAA